AGUAAAUUUCUUUGUUAUAUUUUAUGAUUUGAAGAGAACAUUAGUCAAAGAUCAUUUUUUCAAAAAUUUUCCAUAACUGCUGUUGCUUCAGAAGAGAAAAAUGUCACUCCUUCAGGGCUUGCUCUCUUCUUUCCCUUUGAUUUGAAGCAGGGUCUUGCUUUGCAGUUUAGGGUGGCCUCAAAUAUAAAAUUCUCUUCUCUUAGCCUCUUAAUAUAGGAAUUAAAAGCCCCACACCACAAUAACCACUUUAUCAGGCACACUCAGGAAUCUUAAUACUCCUUAUUUGUAUCUUACCUAGGAAAAAGUGAUGGGAAGACUUUCAUUCUACUUGUGACUAAAAAUAAUUAUGUAUAACUUGCAUUAUUUGCCGUAUUCAUUUUAAUUGACCAAAGAAAAUAUUUAUUGUUUUUAUGUAAAAAAAUUGCAUAGGGUAGUAGAAUGUUCCUUUUUGUUUUAUUUUAACCAGGUUUUUCAUGAGAAUUUUCAAAUUCUCAUGAAAAAGCUGGUUAAAACAAAAGGAAAAACUGUUUUCAAAGUGACAAAAAUGUGGAUUUCCAUGUGUUCAGCUAGAUUCUUCCAGACAGUUGGCUUAGUGUAGUUAUUAUGUAUCCAAUUAAGUUAAAUGCUAAUAUGGUUUCAAAGUCAUAAGAACAUUUCUGUAUUUAUUCUUCUAAGUAUAGAUACUCGGUUUGAGGAGCUAAAAUGUCAUUCAUGUACAUUUUUUACCCUAUUAUUGACUUGAUUUCCCACACAUCUACUAAUUCCUAACAUUUAUUAAUUUUCAUGUAUCAGGGAAUCUUUAUAUAUUAUAAUAAUUACAUAAAAUAAAUGAAAUACAUAAUAAAUACAUGAACUACAUAUUUUAAGUUCUAUUAAUUUAAUUAGAAAGUUUACAUAAAAUUAUGGAUAUUAAGAGAAGACUAAAUGAAGCCAAUGUCUAUGGAGAUGUUAGAAAUCCAUUAACUUUCAUGAAUAAAAUCACAUAAUUAAAGGUUGCUAAUGACUAUAAAGAAGAUAUACUUUCAAGUUCUCAUUAGUGUCUCAGGGGAUUUUCUAAAGAUAAGGAGCAGAAGAUGAGUAUUUCAAGAAAUAGUAUGACUACACAAACACUUAGGGCAGAAGUUUUAAGAACUCAAAUCCAUAACUGAAGUAUUGUGUACAUAAUCAUAAUUCACCAGUAGCCUGAUAUUUCCUUUGUCCCAGAGCUCUCUGCCUUGUCACUCCAAUCUGCAUUCUUUGAUUUCAUUUCCCUUAGAAACAUCCUUUCAGAGAGAGAAGAUGGAUGUCUACAAUCUUACCACAGUGACUCAGUUCAUCCUCAUAGGGCUCUCUGACCUCCCUGAGGUGCGUUACCCCCUCUUCGUGGCCUUUGUCAUCAUCUAUCAGAUCACUUUGCUGGGAAACGGGGCCAUCCUCUUGGCCAUAGUGACUGAGAGAAAGCUUCAAAAUCCCAUGUAUUACCUGUUGGCAAAUCUGUCCUUGCUAGACAUAUUCUGCCCAUCAGCUACUGUCCCCAAGAUGCUCAAGAAUCUCUUGACUGAGGAUCACAGCAUUUCCUUUGUUGGGUGUGCUUUGCAGCUCUAUUUCCUGGUGGCCCUAGCUGGGACUGAAGUUUUCUUGCUGGCUGUGAUGGCUUAUGAUCGGUAUGUGGCCAUAUGCUUCCCUCUGCGUUACUCUCUCAUCAUGACCAAGGUUCGCUGUGUGCAGCUGUUGUUUGGGACCUGGGCAGCUGGGUUUCUCAAUUCAUUCAUGCAUACAAUGGCAACCUUCAGCUUAUCUUUCUGCAAGUCCAACCGAGUUAACCAGUACUACUGUGAUAUCCCACCUGUGGUGGCCCUGUCGUGCUCAUCCACCUUCAUAGCAGAACUGCUGAUUUUAUUGAUGGGCAGUAUCUUUGGGGUUGGUGCUUUUCUAAUUACUUUGAUCUCCUAUAUAUACAUCGUCUCCACCAUCCUAAAGAUCCAGUCAGUGGAAGGGAAGCGCAAAGCUUUCUCCACAUGUGCUUCCCAUCUUCUUGUAGUCUUCUUGUUCUAUGGCACAACAAUAUUUACCUACAUCCGCCCCUCCUCCAGUCAACACUCUCCUGCUAGAGACAGACUCAUCUCUAUGCUGUAUGGUGUCAUUACCCCGAUGUUAAACCCUAUUAUCUACAGCCUGAGAAACACAGAAGUCAAAGCAGCACUCAGAAAAGUUUUACAUCUUAGGAUCUGUUCACAGAAAGCAUGAGAUCUAUUUCCAAUUAAUCUGCCGAAAAGUGAGUAUUUAUGCUUCAAACUGUGAAUCAGAAUAGACAUAAAGCCAGUUAUGGAUUCCAACCUGUCUUGGUGCUCAGAAAAGUGGCAGAAACGAAGACAGGGUUUCAUCACAAGCCCUACCUUACCUCACCUGUGGUAUUGUGAAAAUGUACAGGAGGGGCCCAAGUGCGACGGAUGAGAACCACCUUGGUCUGAUGUACUGCUCCAUUUGAAAGUCAUGGUUGGUGCCAUCUAAGUGGGUUCCUGUGACAAGAAAUUUGAGGACACCCUCCUCCUUCAUUUGCAGGACAUCAUGGGCUCUGUAUAUUGUGUAAGUUUCCCUUUAAGUUUAAGAUUAAGUUUAAAAUUAACUCAAAAAAAUCAGUACCCCUUCUAUAUACAAAUGAUAAAUGGGCCAAGAAAGAAGUCAGAGAAACAUCAUCCUUUACAAUAGCUACAAAUAAUAUAAAAUACCUUGGGGUAGCUCUAACUAAGCAAGUGAAAGACCUGUAUGACAAGAACUUUAUGUCUCUGAAGAAAGAAAUUGAAGAAGAUGUCAGAAAAUGGAAAAAUCUCCUAUGCUCAUGGAUAUGUAGGAUUAACAUAGUAAAAAUGGCAAUCUUACCAAAAGCAAUCUACAUAUUCAAUGCAAUCCCCAUCAAAAUCCUAACACAGUUCUUCACCGAUCUAGAGAGAACAAUAUUCACCAACAGCACAGAAAAUGAGAGCAACAAUUAAUAAAUAGGAUCUCCUGAAACUAAGAAGCUCUGGUAGGGCAAAGGACAGAAUUCUAGAAACUAGACAUCAAAAUACUAAACAACCCAAUUAAAAACUGAGCUAUAGAGCUAAACAGAGAAUUCUAAAGAGAAGAAUCUCAAAUGGCUGAAAGGCAUUUAAGGAACUGCUCAACAUCUUUAGUCAUCAGGGAAAUGCAAAUAA